CGAUAGACCUAUGCCACAGAACAGCGCUUUUCGACGCUAUACGUACGUGGCUUUGUGAUAUUUUCGUAUUUUGCCGAUUCGGUUGAUCCUUAUUCCGUGCUCCUAGGAAACAUGAAGGUCCUAUUUGCCUUUUUGGUUAUCUGUAUCGUUGGUGCCUUUUGCGCCACGCUUACUGACGAGCAAAAACAAAAAUUGAAAGGAUACAAAGAGGCGUGUAUUGCAGAAACCGGCGUCGACAAGGCUGUCAUCGAUGCCAUUGGCAAGGGUGGUCCGAUCAAGCGUGACAGCAAGCUUGACUGCUACGCUGCGUGUUUAUUAAAGAAAUCCGGAGUCAUGAAAGAAGAUGGUACCCUCGACAUCGAAGCUGUACGUACGAAGGCAGCAACAAUCAACGCCGACCAGGAGAAGGUUAAGAAGGUUAUCGACAAGUGCAAAGAUCUCAGCGGAAAGGACACAUGUGAAAAGGGAGGCAACAUUCUCACCUGCUUCUUCGAGAACAAGGACAUCCCUAUCCUCGACUAAAUUCGCUCUAUUAUGCCACGCAGAUCAAUUAAGUCGAUUUUGAUAGCUCAUGUUUCUUUGUAUCUCUCAAUAAAUUUAUGAUAUUGUACAGUA